AUGGCAACCUUUGCUAUCCCAAGAAUAUCGAGAAGAGCACUCUAUGCUCUUUCAGGAGCCACUGCCCUGGUCUCGGGCACCUAUGUAUACUCCCAUUACGGCAAGAGACCACAAGGAAAUGGUCCUAACGGCGGUAAGAUGAUGGCUGCUGCUGCCAUUGCCAACACUCCUUUCCAUGCUGAAAAGGUUUCACACGUGGAGGGUGACUAUCAGAAAAUCUACAACGCAAUUGCAGAGGCAAUCCGUGAUAACGAUGAGUAUGAUGACUAUAUCGGAUGGGGCCCAGUACUGGUUCGUUACGCAUGGCACUCCAGUGGUACCUAUGCCCAAGCGUCUAGCGGUUGUCCUCAUGCCACUGGUGGCUCAUUUGGUGGUACUAUUAGAUGGCCUAAGGAGCUGGGAGACGGUGCUAACAACGGUUUGCAAAAUGCCGAGUGGUUUAUGAAGAAGAUCCACGACAAGUUUGAUUGGAUUUCAUGGGGUGAUUUGGUCACUCUAGGUGGUGUUACAGCUAUCCAGGAGAUGGGUGGACCAAAGAUUGGAUGGAGAGCAGGACGUAAAGAGCUGUCAGCAGACAAUGCAAUGACAUCGAGAUUGCCCGAUGCAUCUAAGGAUGCCGACUAUGUGAGACAUUUGUUUGCCCGCAUGGGUUUCGAAGACCGUGAGGUUGUCUCUCUUAUCGGUGCUCAUGCCCUCGGCUCAUGUCACGUUUAUGCUCCAUUGUUGCCAGGACAGAAGAAGCCAAUUCCAGGUUCCGGCUACACCAACAGAUGGACAGCUUCUCCAAACUACUUCACAAAUGAGUUCUUCAAGCUGCUUGUUGAUGACAAGUCAUGGCACUGGAAAGAGUGGGACGGUCCAAAGCAAUGGGAGAACAAAGAUGGUUUGAUGAUGCUUCCGACUGAUAUGGCUUUGGUGCAGGAUCCAAAGUACAAGAAGAUUGUUGAGAUGUAUGCCAAAGACCAGGACUUGUUCUUCAAGGACUUUGCUAAGGACUUUCAAAAGUUGCUGGAGUUGGGAAUUGAGUAUCCAAAGGAGACAAAGACUUUCUACUUUAAGACACUGGAUGAACAAAACAUCUGA